AACUGGUUAAUUCAAAAAAAUUCGACCGUUAAAGAUCGUAUCUUUCCUUUCCAAUCGUCUCCUUUCAUUCAAAGCCAUUAAAAUUUAGCCUUUAAACCAGGAGCACUGUUCUUUCUCUCCUCUUCUUUCGUCGAGAAGAAUCCCAGAGAUGGGGAGCGAAGGCAGAUUACUGAGUCCAAGAAACCCGAAGAACGCACCGGGCGAAUCCACCACCACCACCACCAAUGCUGUCUUCAGUCCCAGAUUCAAAUCAGUGGCCGCCAUGGCUGGCUGGGAUGAAGAAACCCUUUUGAGUGCAAGCCUCAUCGUUGACGACACGCCUGAUCGCAUCUUCAAGCACAAGAAACGCUCUGAGCUCCAAUUCAAGACCUCUCCGGCGAGUAGUUCAAGAAGAAAACGAAGGGUUCAAAGUAGUCCUGUUACGAUUCCUAUUGUCACUCUUGAUCUUGAUGAUGAAGAAACUAAAAAAGAUGAGACUAAUAAAGAAAAUUCAGAACCGAAAGCUUCUGUGGCUGAAGAGAAGGGAAAAACAGGAGAAGCAAUUUUGGUUGAACAGAACUCUAGUGUUGGUGCCUCGAGCUCAGGACUUCCUUGCAUGGAUAAGCUCAGGGAAGAGCUUUCUUGCGCUAUUUGUUUGGACAUUUGCUUUGAACCUACUACAACUCCUUGUGGACACAGUUUCUGUCUUAAAUGUUUGCGAUCUUCUGCAAGCAAAUGUGGGAAGAAGUGUCCCAAGUGCAGACAGCUUAUAAGCAAUGGAAGGUCCUGCACAGUGAAUACUGUUCUUUGGAACACUAUACAACUUCUUUUUCCACAAGAAGUUGCAGCCAGAAAGGCAGCUGGAGCCUUGAACAGUAGAGAAUCAGAGCGUCGAGUCCCUGAAACGGCCUUUUAUAACAGUUUGAGGAAUGAAAGUCCACAAGAUUCACCAUUAACAUCAACCAGAGCAGAAACCGCAAGGAGAAGAAGAAUGAGACAAAUACAAAACGAGAGCCCUACAUUGAGCUCAGGAGAUGGGGCCACUUCAAACCGGGCUACCAGGGUUUCAACCAGAGAUAGAAGUUCCCGAAGUAGCAGCAGAGGGAUACCAAGUCAAGAUGAGGAUGCUGCCUUAGCUCUCAGGUUACAAAGGGAGGAGUUUUUGGGGGCUGUUAGGGGAACUAUUAACCAAUCUAGUGCUUUUAGUUCUUUUUCUUUGGCAGUUAGAGGAACAAGCAGCCAACAGCCUAGUGCAAAUAGUUCUAUUUCCUUAACUAGACCAAACCAAUCUAGUACUACUAGUAGCUCUCUAGCUAGACCAAACCAAACUAGUACUACUGGUAGCUCUCUUUCUUCUGCUAGAGAGAACCAAUCUAGUACUAAUUCUUUUUCCUUGGCUAGAGCCAACUUGAGAGCCAUGGCAUCUAGAGCCAUUACCCUUCGAGUUAGGGGCCGACAAAACAGUUAAUUUAGUCUGUCAUGGGUGUUUCUUAAUAGCCGCUCAAUCAAUCCUAUUGAGUGAGUUUUUAUAACAAAUUCAAGGUAGUUCACACUAGUCAUAUGAGACUAAUAACUUGCUCAAAAAUAACAUUUCCUCUUAAUGUUGGUGUCACUUUUUUAGGGGUCUUUUUUCUUGCAUGAAUAUUAUUACUUACUCAAUCCUAUUGAGUGAGAAUUGUAACAAAAUCAGGGGUCUUUUUAUUAUUAUUAAGAAAUGAGGUUGGUGUUAUGUUU